CGGAAGAUUUCUCAACAGAACUCCAGUCUACAGAUUCGCCAAGCCGGAAGAUGCCCUCAUUGCGCAGAAGAGCAAAAAUACAGGCUGAGAAUGCAGAACCCAAAGACGAGUGUUCUUUCUUCUCUGAGUUGUCAUCUGGCUCUGAAGAAGAUAACAAGGAAGAUAGCAUUUGGGAACCUCAGAAGAAAGUCCCCAGAAGACAGUUUGCUUCCAAGGGAUCCAAACGGAAGCAGGGGCCUAGGGUGAAGAAGAGCUCCCAACUGGUGGAUGACAUAUCAAAAGAUGUGGCUGUUAAGGAGGAGUUGAACAGCCCAGUGGCUAUUGUUGAUGUUGAUUUGGAAGAAAAAAAUCACAAGUUGCAUACGACAAAGACUCUGAAAACUGCAGCAAAAAAGCAAAAAAAACCAGGUCAGAAGGCUAUAAAAAGGUUGAAAGUUGAUGAGGAAACCAGCCAAGCCGGCCCCUUUGAGGGUAGAGGCAGUAAUGUGGAGACCCCCUCAACAAGCAUGUGCGGAGAUGUGUGCAAGAAGGAGGAGAUGGAGGACAGCUUCACAUUUGAGCAGUCCCCGGUAAAGAAGAUCAAGACGGAGUCGUGUCCUCAGGGGAGGCCUGCCAGGGUUCCUGGUGCCAGCGACCUUAAGGAGGAGGUGGAAAUGAACUGGGACAUAGUGCAGGUUUUAUCUGAGAGAACUAAUAUUGAACCUUGGGUUUGUGCCAAUAUUAUACGCCUCUUUAAUGAUGACAACACGAUCCCCUUUGUUGUACGCUAUCGAAAAGAGCUCAUUAAUAACCUUGAUGCUGAUUUCCUAAGAGAAGUUCGUCAAACCCUAGAUGAGCUACGGGAUGUUGCAAAGAAGGUUCAUAGUAGAAUCCAGAAAAUUAAGAAGGAGGGGAAGAUGUCUGAGUGCUUGCUACAAGCCUUGUUGAACUGUAAAACAUUUGAAGAACUAGAACAUGUGUCUGCUCCAUAUAAAACAGGAAGCAAGGGCACCAAAGCCCAGAGAGCAAAACAGUUGGGGCUAGAAGAAGCAGCGCGGACUCUGCUGGAGAACCCGGGGCAGCUCAACCUGCUAUCUUACAUCAGGCCUGGUGUUACAGGCCUGUCUGAGCUCAAGGACAUUGAAACAGGAGUACAGCAUAUUUUAGCAGACAUGAUUGCUAAAGACAAAGAUACACUCGACUUUAUUCGGGACUUGUGUAAACAUAGAUACAUUUGUAUCCAGUCAUCUCUUGCAAAAGUAUCUUCAAAAAAAGUAAAUGAGAAAGAAGUUGAUAAGUUUCAGCUUUACCAGAACUUUUCUUGCAACAUAAGAAACAUCCACCAUCACCAGAUUCUGGCCAUUAACCGAGGAGAGAAUUUGAAGAUACUGACAGUCAAGGUCAACAUUUCUGAUGGAGUGAAGAAAGAAUUCUGUCGGUGGUGUAUACAAAACAGGUGGAGGCCACAUGGCUUUGCACGGCCAGAGUUAAUGAAGAUCUUACAUAAUUCACUGGAUGACUCCUUUAAACGCCUCAUUGUUCCUCUCCUCUGUAGAGAGUUCAGAGCCAAACUGACAUCUGAUGCAGAGAAGCAAUCAGUAAUGAUGUUUGGACAGAAUCUCCGCCAGCUUCUUUUAACAAGUCCUGUACCAGGCCGCACCCUGAUGGGAGUAGAUCCUGGCUACAAACAUGGAUGCAAACUAGCCAUCAUUUCACCUACUAGUCAGAUACUUCAUACUGAUGUGGUUUAUUUGCACUGUGGACAAGGCUUCCGAGAGGCAGAGAAGAUCAGGAGGCUUUUGCUGCAUUUCAACUGCAGCACAGUGGUGAUCGGAAAUGGAACUGCCUGCCGGGAAACUGAAGCUUACUUUGCUGACCUGAUAAUGAAAAAUUACUUUGCACCACUGGAUGUUGUUUACUGCAUCAUCAGUGAAGCAGGGGCCUCUAUCUACAGUGUCAGCCCCGAAGCUAACAAGGAGAUGCCGGGGCUAGACCCUAACUUGAGAAGUGCAGUUUCCAUAGCAAGGCGUGUUCAAGAUCCAUUAGCUGAGCUAGUGAAAUUUGACCCGAAGCACAUUGGAGUUGGAAUGUAUCAGCAUGAUGUAUCCCAGACAUUACUCAAGGCAACACUGGAUAGUGUUGUAGAAGAAUGUGUCAGCUUUGUGGGAGUGGAUAUUAACAUCUGUUCUGAGGUUUUGUUAAGGCAUAUCGCAGGACUCAAUGCCAAUAGAGCCAAAAAUAUUAUUGAGUGGCGAGAGAAAAAUGGGCCUUUCAUCAACCGAGAACAGUUGAAGAAGGUAAAAGGGCUUGGUCCAAAAUCCUACCAGCAGUGUGCUGGCUUCGUCAGAAUCAACCAGGAUUACAUCCGGACAUUCUGCAGUAGUCAGCACACUGACUCUUCAGGCCAGAGCCAGGAAGCUACGAAUGAGAAGCUGGGCAAAAAGAAGAACAAAGCAGAUGUCACCUUCGUACCAAACCCACUGGACCAGACUUGCAUCCAUCCGGAAUCCUAUGACGUAGCAUCCAGGUUUUUGUCAUUCAUUGGAGGGACACUGUGUGAGAUUGGAAAGCCUGAAAUGCAGCAGAAAAUAAAUUUAUCUCUCGGGAAAGAAGGUAUAGAGAAAACUGCUGAAAGAUUACAGACGACUGCACACACCCUGCAGGUCAUCAUAGAUGGUCUGAGCCAGCCCAAAACCUUUGACAUACGAACAGACUUUGAUAAGCCUGACUUCAAGAGAAGCAUAGUUUGUCUGGAAGAUCUGCAGGUUGGGACAGUUCUUACAGGCAAAGUGGAGAAUGCCACUCUGUUUGGAGUUUUCGUGGAUAUAGGAGUGGGGAAGGCGGGGCUGAUUCCUAUCCGGUUCAUAACAGAAGCAAAGCUAUCCAAAACAAAGAGGAGAAGAAGCCUAGGCCUGGGCCCUGGAGAAAAAGUGGAGGUUAAAGUCCUCAGCGUUGACAUUCCCCGAUCUAGGAUUUCUCUCGACCUCCUUCGGGUAUUGUGAGUGACCCACUGAAGGCCAAACGCCAAGACACUCCCUCAUUUCUCCAGCCUGAGGAAGAUGAGCCAGAGGUCAUGGAACCUAGAGAGCGGAUGAGAGGGGCUCCUGGGUAGAAGUAUUGAUCACACUAUCCUGACUUCACAAAAAGAGCAAUGGAUGUCCUCACCAGCGUCCUACAGAAGCAGUCUCUGUCUUCAUAAUUCCUCAUUGACCACACUCUCUACAGCAGGUGGCUUCACAUUCUCCUGCUAACAUCUGCUGCCUUAGACCUGGGUUGUCUUGCUUAUUAGAAAUAUGCAGUGUUGAUUGACACAUUGAAAUUAGUGGUCUUUAAUCAUGCCAUUUUAUUGAGGUAUUAUUAGCACUUUUGCUCAUAAUUUAUAAUUUUGGAAUAAUCUUUAUUUUCCUUAGCAAACCAAGUAAAAAUAUACUAGUAAAAGAUUAUCAUGUAUAUAUACCCAUCAACUAAAUCAUUUCAGUGUGUUCCUCAGAACAUGUGUGUUGACCUCUACAAUAAAUGACUGGCUGGUGA